GCGUGCAGCAGCCUCCCGACGCCCCGCCGGAUGGGGCAGCCCGAGUUCCGUCGACGGGGGCCCCGGCGUGUCCCGGAUGAGGCUCGGCUUCCGUGCGGGGCGGAGGCGGCGCAGCUCAGUGCAUCGGAGCGGGAGAUGGAGCGAGGGCGCUGUGCCGACUAGCCGAGGCUCACGGCAUCACAGACAGCCGCAGCCACCCAGAUAACAAGUGAGGGGCGAGUCGCUGAAGACAAAAAGCGGGAGAGAGAGGAGGAAAAAGAGAGCAAACAGAGUGCAACUUUCACCUCCGGCCCGCACACACACUAACACGGCAUUGAUGGUGAUGCAUGCAAGGAAACAGCCGAGACUGAGCGAUGGGUGCAGCGAGCGAAGGGACUCCCAGCCGUACCAGAGCAUUAAAUACCCAUCGAAGAGUCAUUUGGGCAGUGAUCACCGGCAUGAGAAGAUGCGAGAUGCCUCGGACCCAGCCCCACCGUACAAGAUGCUCCGGCGCUCAGAUAGUCCUGAAAACAGGCAGGGUGACCCCUUGGGCCACAGCAAAGCGAAGGCAACCCAUCAACAUCGGCUUAGAGAGAGAGAUGGAGGGACCAGUUAUUCUCCACAAGAAAAUUCACACAACCACAGCACUCUUCAAAGCUCAAAUUCACAUUCUAAUCCAAGCAAGACGUCAGAAGUACCCUACGAACCAGCAGACGAUUGGUCAGAACACAUUAGCUCUUCUGGGAAGAAAUACUAUUACAACUGCAGGACAGAGGUUUCCCAGUGGGAAAAGCCCAAGGAAUGGCUGGAAAGAGAGCAGAGGCAGAAGGACACCAGCAAACUGGCCAUGGUCAACAGCUUCCCCAAAGACAGGGACUACCGGCGGGAGGCCAUGCAGGCGGCAGCGGGCGGCGGCUUUGGCGGCACAAAGUGCACUGCAUCAGAUAAGCCUGCGUCACAUUCCUGCGCGCCCCAGUCAGUGCCAGCAGCAGCGACCUGCUCUGGCUCGGGCCUGAACCCGGCCAGCGCGGCGAGCGUUGGGUCGGCCUCCGCGCUCCCCGUAUCCCCGGUCCCUCAGUCGCCUGCGCCCCCCCUCCUCCAGGACCCUGGGCUUCUGCGGCAGCUCCUACCCGCCUUACAGGCCACCCUGCAGCUCAACAGCGCCACCGUGGACGUGGCCAAGAUCAACGAAGCCCUCACAGCUGCUGUCACGCAAGCUUCAUUGCAGUCUAUGCUUCAUAAGAUUCUCACGGCUGGACCGUCCGCUUUCAACAUCACUUCUAUGCUUCCCCAAGCCGCUCAGCUGUCCGCUCAAGCCCAGCAGUCCAGUCAGUCCCCCAUGUCCCUAACGUCAGACGCCUCGUCACCAAGGUCGUACGUGUCACCCAGGAUAAGCACCCCACAGACAAACACUGCACCUCCACUGAAGUCCCUUUCCAGCACGCCGCCGGUGUCGUCACAGCCAAAGGUAGGCGCCAUCUCUCCAGGAAGGAAGACUGAGCCUGGCCCGACGUUCCGGCUGAGCAUGUCUGCUCUCUGUGCUGUGCAGGUCAGCGUCAGCACGCCGGCACCGAAACCUGGACCCGUACCGCAGGCGGCCGCGCCGCAGCAGCCGCUCCCAGCCGACAAGCCGCUCGAGCGGGACUCUCCCCGCAGCCUCCAGAGGCAAAGCAGUCAGAGGAGCCCCUCCCCUGGUCCAAACCACAUCGCUGCCGGCAGCAGCGUAGCACCGACCGGUGCCCUGGCCCCCAGCGGCAUGCCGGGAAGGCCGACCUGCACCUUAACCCCCACACUAGCAUCCCAUUUUAACGAGAACCUCAUCAGGCACGUGCAGGGCUGGCCGGCAGAACACGUCGAGAAGCAGGCGUCACGGUUACGUGAAGAAGCCCACAACCUGGGAAGCAUUUACAUGUCUGAAAUUUGCACAGAGCUGAAAAACUUAAGAUCCUUAGUGCGAGUGUGUGAGAUCCAAGCGACGCUGCGCGAGCAGAGGAUACUAUUUUUGAGACAACAGAUUAAGGAACUUGACAAGUUGAAGAAUCAGAACUCCUUCAUGGUGUGAAAACUGGAGGGAAACCGAACUUCACACAGCUGGAGCUGAAGAACUGACUGUCUGUGGCCAGUCUUAAUGCUUUGGGGCGGCUGUUGGGUGGGGGCUUCGGACCAUUGAGCAAAGCUGGGGGGGGGGAGGCAAAGAGGCAUCCAAGGGCCGAACCAGGUUUGGAUUAUAAAAGGCCUUAAUGUAGAAUUCCUGUAGAUCUGUCCAUGUUGUAAAUACGUUUCGUAGAGUGAGGCCUCAGAAGAAAGAGCCACAUGGGGUUUUAACAUCAAGACUAACAGACACCAAGAUGGCUGCCCUUUGGCCUUCUCUUAUUAACCUGUCUGCAAACUCUAGCUCCUCUCCACGGAUCACGGAGUCAGCGGCUGGGGUUUGUGUGCCACGUGGGAGAGAUGUCCGUCACGGCCAGUGAUCUUUGGUUGAUCAAUCCCUUUCCAAAAGAAUCAGAAGCCAGACUUGGAAUUCUUAAGUGCUCUUGACUUCCAAACAAAGCUUUGGGAAGAUGCCGGAAUAACAACCUGCUGGAACAGAAGACACUUCUCCCCCCCCCCCCAAGCCUCCACAGCCCUAUCCCUGGAAUGGCUCUUGUCCAGCUGCGAUGAUUCACAGAUGGGAUUCUGACAAGCAGUGAUGUCACACUUUGGUCGAGAGGUCAGAGGUCACCUGAUGACCGCGAGGUGUAACAGUGCUCCAAAGGACAAGCAAGGUGCCCCCACUCCCACUGCCUCCCCCCUUCUGCCCGUGUAAUUUCAGCACCUCAAGAGGACGGUGUCCAUUUACCAUCUAACAUCCCUAUUUAGUUUCCAGAUUCCUUACUUUUUGUUACACAACUGUACUUUCAAAGCAAAACGUGCAAAGUUUUAGGUUUUCAAUGCACCUUGAACCAAGAUUUCAUUCCUAUGUACAGUUGAUCAAGUGAUACAAGAGGUAAGUUUUAUGAAUAGUUGCAGUGAUUACUAGUAUAUCUGAUGUAUUCAUAAAUUAUUGCUACACAUUUUUCUUUGCACCCUGUAAUGAUGGAUCGUGUGUGCUGCUGGGCACACUGGCUGAAAAGGGGCGACUCAGGCACGGAACUCCACGUGGCAGGGUUGGAGCGGCGAGGUCACAAGGUCAAAUGUGAAAUGUAUGUAUUGUAAUAAACAUACUAAAAUUGA